AUGAUUACUCCGGGCAACAACUUCUUCGAUAUGUUUACCUUCGAUGUCGUGGGUUCCCUCUCCCCCAAUACCCCAUCCGAAGAAAACGACCCGACCAACGACUACGUCAACUAUCUCGACGCGUCCGACGCGCAGGCCGCAAACCUCGCCGGCGUCGUCGACGGCGUUGUGACGAUCCGCUCCGACUCCUCGAACAUCGCCUCGGGCCGCGGCCGCGAGAGCGUCCGCGUCACGAGCAGGAAUCAGUACACGCAUGGGCUCGUGAACCUGGACCUGGCGCACAUGCCCGGGAAAAAAAUCCACCAAUCAUUCUCAUCGCACGCGACCGGCGAAAUCGACAUCAUCGAAGGCGUCAACCACCAAGCCACCAACGCCACGACCCUGCACACCAGCGCCAACUGCACCAUGAUGUCCGCCGACUGCAGCGGCGUCGAGGCCGGCGGACCCCCGUCCUUCGGCGACGGCCUCAACGCCAACGGUGGCUGCGUUGACGCCAUGCAGUGGACGAGCGAGCAAAUCAACGUCUGGUUCUUCCCCCCCGGCGCCGUCUCCGCGGACGCGCUGUCCGACGGUCCGGACCCGGCGGGCUGGGGUUCCCCGACGGCGCAGUGGGUGGGCGGGGACGGGUGCGAUAUGGAUGAGCAUUUCGGGGAGAAUGUGGUCGUUUUCGAUACCACGUUUUGCGGCGAACGGGCCGCCGGCGUCUGGCCCCACAUGACCCAAUGCGCCCUCCCCGCCCCCUCCUCCCAGGACUACAUCCGGAACCACCCCGAGGCCUACGCCGACACGUACUGGAGCAUCGAUCCGCUCAAGGUGUACACCGACGCCGCCGCCGUGGCUGGCAAGAGGGCAUCUGCCGUCCACUGA